CGCUCUCUCUCUCUCUCUCUCUCUCUCUCGAUCUCGAUCUCGAUCUCGAUCUCGAUCGCUUCUCCGGAAGAAAGAAGAGCGAAACAUCCAACUGUAGGAGGAGCGAUCGAUGGAGGCAGGGGCGAGUUCCAGUCGGCGGCAGCGGCAGAGGCCUCACGGAGCCUUCAAGGAGGAGCUAUCGAUGGAGGCAGGGGCGGGUUCCAGGCUGCGGCAGCGGCGGGGGCCUUACGGAGCCUUCAAGGAAGUGGCUGAGCCACUGUUCAGUGUGGGAGCACAGGUCGAGGUCAGCCGGGAAAGCAAGAACUAUGGAGCUGCUUGGCUUGCAGCUACUAUUGUUAGUAUGAUCAGCAAGUCCAUAUUUUUGGUGGAUUGCAAGACCCCGAGAGCUGUCACUGACAGAGAGUUGUCGACGGAGAUUGUUGAUGCUCAACACAUUAGGCCUCCACCUCCCCUUGCAUUAGACGAUGAGGAUUUCAGGUUACAUGAUGUUGUUGAGGUGCUUUACCAUGGCGGGUGGUCGCUAGGAGUUGUUACUCAGAUUUCUAAUGGGUCAAAGUACAUUGUCAAGUUGAAGCAUCAUGAAGAGGAGAUGGAGUUUAAUUGUUUCGAAAUGAGAUCCUGCCAGGUAUGGGAGGAUGGGCAGUGGAUCAGCUAUUCCUCCCAGAGCAUGAAACAAUAUUCACAGGAGGAGUUAAAGACAAGGAAGAGAGGCAGGCCUGCAAAGAAAAGCAUAGAAUCGGAACAAGCAGAAGAUUUGCCUGAGCAAGUUGCUGAAGAAGAACAUGGGAAGAAAGAAAUUGAGCAAUCAAUUCAAGGUCAGUCUUGUGAUGCAUCUUUUGAAACUCGAGCACAUAGUCAUCAUGAUGAAGCAACGGGGUACAAGGACCCCCCACUACUUGCGAAUAUGCAGGAGCAAUUCAUGCAUAAAAACCGCUUACAAGAAUAUGCUCAAAGGUCAUCCAUACCUUUGCCAAUAUAUCAAACUGUUAAUGAAGGGCAUCCAUAUGCAUCACAAUUUAGAUCUACUGUUCUGAUAGAUGGAGUGACAUUCAUGUCAUCUCGGACAUUUCCUCGUCGAAAAGAAGCAGAGCAAGACGUGGCAAAACUUGCUCUUGAAGGCAUAUCUAGGAAGAUAAAGGAUGAAGGAAUUCCCCUAAUUCAUGCAGAUACUACAUUCUGCAAGUCUAUCCUUCACGAAUAUGCAGUGAAGAUGUAUAUAGAGAAGCCUGCAUACACAACAUCUCAAUUAGAAGGGGUGCUGCUUCCUUCUUUUAUAUCAUCUUUGGUUUUUGAUGGAAAAACUUAUACAGGUGCUGCAGGAAGAAACAAGAAGGAAGCAGAACAGAUUGCUGCACGUGCUGUUAUUCAAUCCAUCUUAGCUCACUCUGAUACAAGGAUUAUCAUGUCUGAAAUUGUAAAAUCCAAGGGUAAAUUGUAUGCUGCAAUACAAAAGAACAAUGACUCAGGUUUAUCACAUCUGGGAAAUGCAGCCUCGGGACAGCAGGCAAGGAAUGACUCUAGUGGCAGUACUGUGAAAAGAAAAAAAAUUCAGGCUGCCCCAGCAAAUGACGACUUAGCUGGUGUUGCAAAUCAUAAGCAAUUGCUCUUGGGGCAACGUCCUGCUGCUGCAGAGACAGAACCACUUCUUGAAGCUAAGAAACCUAUAGAAGAAUAUCCAUGCGAACAAAGUUUUGGACCAAUUGGAGGGGGCACAUCACCGCCAGUUCUUUCACAAGAUGUUCUACCUUCAGGAUUAAAGAGGAUUGUGUUCGAGUCAUCUGAUGGAUCUUAUCAUGCUGAACAAAACCAGGUAAAUGAUCUGGAUGGGCCAUCUAUGCAAUCCUAUGAUGCUCAAUACAGGUUCCUAGUAGCCAGAGAAAGCGCUCGAGGAAGAAGCAGAACAGAGGACAUCAACACAGGAAAGCACGGACUGAACAGAUCUUCAAAACUGGAUUGUAAUUGUUCGACUUGCCCACCAUUCAGGAGCAUCACUCUUUACCCAAGGAUGACAAAUCUUUCAGCAUAUUACGCAAGUCUCUUGGCUCAUUUCUGGAAGGCGCAUCCGAUGAUGAUUUUGGGCCUGAUGAAUGAGCCUUGAUCACCAGUAACUGCUCUUGGAUAUGGGGAAGCAUAAAAUUCUGUAUGUAAACCUUAUUCUCUGACACCAUCUAUCUUCUUCAACUGAAGAUUUUACCAAAUUGUUGGAUGGUGAAUUGGGAUUAAAAUUUGUCAAUGGUUCCUAGGCUCCAGAUUCUGUUUUGUUAAUAUAAGAAAGGGGUAUCUACAGUAAUCAUGGCAUUGCCUGUUUCUAGUUUUCCAGGACCUUGACUACUGAAACACUAUGUUGGUAAAGGAGGUGAAGUUAAAUCUUUUGACGAGGACA